AUGUCAGGUGACUUGAAAUUCGACCAAAUAAUGGUAGACACUAGCGAGGCAUUGGAAUAUGUAACAAAAAACAAACGGAUAUUCCACUCAAUUGGCUAUCAAGACAUGGAUAUGUUUCAUGCAAGAUCUGCGCAAGAUGUUUUUAAUAAUAAUAUUAUUUAUGCUGAUUAUGACCGACCUUUAGCUACUUCGAGCAUAGAGGACCAUCAUAACAAGCUUACUGAAGACCAUCUUGCUGCUUUAUCUAACAAGUUACAAAACUUGGCAACAAAUAUUUUUGAAAGGAAAAUGCUAUUUGCACAGAUUGAAUAUGAGAUAAGAAAAAUAAGUGUUGAGGAAACCAUUAACCAUGACAUCAAGCUGAUUGUUUCGAAUUUAUUGUAUGUCAGCUCAUCACCCAAAAGAAAAUAUUAUAAAAGCAAAGUUCUAGUGAUGAAUGAGAAAUCUCCACUGGCAACACUGGGCUUCGUAGCGCAAUUGCUGUGCGCACACGAAAACGUUAUUAUAGAGGCGACCGUGGAGACUGCUGUUUUGUGCCAUUUAUUUACAGAAAUGUGCCACCAAGUCGGAUUAAACAACAUAUAUUUGGCAUUUGUGGCGAAGUGCUUGCCGGGGGCCAACGACGUUACAGAAAUUAAAGAACUACAAUCGUGCUGCAUGGGCGUGGUGACAGAACGCAGCGAUAUAGACUCGGCGGUUGAUGUCUUCCUUACUUCCAGCGUGAAGUUCCCCUGGAAAAUCAGUCGGAUCUUAGUACAGGAGGCUGUCAGCGACCGUUUUAAAAACACGCUCGCUUGGAAAGCCAAACUCAAUCCUUCGAACGUAAAUUCAGAUGAACUGAAAUCGAAAUGUUCGAGUUUUUAUGGUAUCGGCAACAAAACAUUCCUAUCUGAAUUUUACGGCGAUGGACCAACAGGCGACUACGUGAUGAUUGAGGAAUACAGAACUGUCAAAGAGCUAUUGUCUCUUUCCAAGAAAUAUAAACCGUUCUCUGUCUCGCUUUGGUGCAGUGAUGUCUCGGAGUCCAACGAAAUAGCUUACGGAAUCGAUUCUACAAUCGUAUGGAUCAACAGUUACGGAUCGUUCGGAGGACCGCCUAAAUCAUCGCAAGCGUUCUAUUCUAUUAUUGAUAUCGCGUUUUCUAAAAUAGGCGUCAGUAAGUCGUUUGACCUUGAGAAACUUUUAGCUGACAGAGAUAAAUGGAUUAAGCUCAGUGCUCAUAAAAAGCUUGAGAUUUUAAAUGUUGCUUUUGAAACGGCGAGGAAAAGCACAGUUUUGUCAGGUAAUAUUGCGAUCGAUUCUAUCGAUCGAGACGAGAAUUUCGCACGAGUUGAAAAUGGUGAAGUUUGCAUCGGUUUAGAGAUCCCGGUAGGUUUAGUGUUGUUCCACGAUAAAAGUUAUCGCAUAAACGAUAUUUUGCCUACUAUUUUGAAAGGUAAUGCAGUGCUUUAUUGUUGGAGCGAUUUAAUGAACUCUGACAUGUACAGUUUGAUGCGGAAAGAAGGAGUGCCUUUAAACUUAGUCACUGGAGACAAAGGGGAUUUUCAAGUCCCUUCCCAAUAUUCAAUGUACAAAAUAAAAGUAGUACGUACUAACUUCGGUACUAUUUUUGCUAAUUAG